AUGGCGAAGCGGAAGGCAGACGACGCCGAGGCGUUGCCGACAAAGAAACCGACCAAGACACUGCCCAAGCUCAGAAUAUCAUUAUGUAUCCCGCUGACAGUGAUCAGUGGUAAAAACGCCGCCAACCUCCAGCAGCAGACCGCCAUCAUCAACGAGAUAGCGCGGGCAGCUACGUUGUACCAAGUGGGCGAGAUCGUGGUGUUGGAAGUCCCCGAAAUUACUGAGCAAGUAGUGGGUGGUAAAAAGACGUUUGACGAAGACGAUGACGCCACUACCGAAGCUCCUAAGACGAUGAAUGAAGCAGUGGUGGCCGCGGGGCUCUUACAAUAUUUCGUCACUCCCCCUUACCUUAUAAAGCUGGUAUUCGCUAAUAGUGCCUUUCCCGAAGUCACUAAUAAGUUUAAGUAUGCUGAUAAGCUUCCUAAGCUUACGCUGUUACCGUUUAUGGCCAAUAACGACGUUAAUCGUCACUUCCGAGAAGGUAUUGCCAUCGCUAAACAUACUCCUGAAGUGACCAAGAAGGGUAAGAAAGAGAAGGCUAAACAUAAGAUUUCCGUCACCAAAUACGUCAAUGUUGGCUUAGACGAACCGGUCGAGCUCGAUGAACUGCGGGAAAUCCCCGUCCAUAGCCGCGUCACUGUCGAUAUGAAGAACCGCAAAGUGGUGGCUCCCGAGACUGCCUACGGAGUGGUGGGUAACAAACUGAGUUUUGGCUACUAUACUCGAGUGUGUCUGAAGCUUAGUCAGGUGUUUACUGAGCUGCUGGUUCCCGAGGGGUAUCUGGGGUCGGUAUUUGUUAACUGCGACGAUUAUUUCCAAAAAGGUGAGGGCGAGGAUAAUUACCGCCAUUUGCCUCAAUUCCUGGCGGGGGCGGCUAAAGGCGAUGUGCUUGUGUUGUUAGGCAACUACCGAGACUACGCCCGGGCGUUUACUGCCGAUGCCGCCAACUUGGCGGGGAUUGACUCGGUGGCCCAGAUGUUUGACUCGCGGCUCGAGGUGCCCCGCGGGGCACGGAUAGAGGACGCCAGCUUGAUUGCGUUGGCGCUGUUAGCACUGCGGGCAUAG